GUAAAAUGGUAUGACCGGACGGUUUAAAGUGCACCUUGUGUGACUUCAGCUAACGGCGCCAACAAGAACCAAGAAGACGGUUUAAACUUGUCGAGUCACUCUGCAAAUUCAAAACUUGUCAAAAUGGAGUUGGCCGCAAUGGAAAUCAACCCUGAGAUGUUGAAUAAGAUGAUGGACAAACUAGGCGUAGGUAAAACCUGGCGCUUCGUGGACGUUCUGGGUCUGGAGGCUGAGCAGCUCAAAACCCUACCGAAAGAGUGCUGUGCCCUGAUGCUUCUCUUUCCACUGACACCACAGCAUGAAUCAUUUAGAAAGCAGCAGGGUGGUGGAGAUGCUGGGGAUACUGGUGUUUAUUUCCUGAAGCAGACAAUUGAUAAUUCCUGUGGCACCAUUGCACUGCUGCAUGCUGUGGCCAAUAAUCAAGGAAAAUUGACUUUUGAUUCUGGCUCUGACUUGAAAGCAUUUCUAGAUGAGACUGCAAACAUGUCAGCUGAUGACCGUGCCAAGCAUCUGGAAAAGAACCAGGCAAUCUGUGGGGCUCACAAUGAGGUCGCUGCUCAGGGCCAGUGCAGGCCGGAUGCUGGCGAAGUCAACUUUCACUUUGUAACUUUUAUCAAUGCAAAUGGACAACUUUAUGAACUUGAUGGAAGAGUGAAUGGGCCACUGAAACAAGGAGUCACCAGUGUUGAAGGCUUCAUUUUGGAUGCGGCCAAAGUUUGCCGUGGCUUUAUGGAAAGGGAGCAGGGUGAAGUUCGUUUCUCUGCAGUGGCUCUGUGUCACAGCUAGACAUGUGGCAUUAACUCAUCCAAACAUUGCAAACGUAAUCAGUAGUCACCCACAAUGACCUGUGCACACACAGUACAUCUGCAGACACUAAGCACAUGCUGUUUCCACACACUACACUCUCACCCCAUGAACAAAGCAUUCUUUAUGACUAGCACACUCAAUCAAUCCAAAAUAUGAAGUUCUGCUGAUAAAUACAGUCUGGUCUGAAUAUUUUGCUGUGAUGUUCUUAACAGUUGUUAACUCAGACCAGAUUUUGCCAGUGUUCCUGUGUCUGUAUUCAUUUGUUUGCUCCUUCUUGUGUGCUUUUUACGUCUACCUCUUAGUCGACACUUAAUAUAUUUUUCUUUUUCCAUAAAUUUGAGAAAGAAGAGCCAAAAAAAUGCAUUUUCAAUGGAUUGUACUAGUUAAGUCCUGAAUGCCAUCAAGAGCUGUGUGGUAGAGAAUAAAAGGCUGACAUUCCUGAGAGAAGCCCAAAUGCAUUUGUAGGAAUAAUUUGACCAUUGUUCAGAGCUGACACGUAACCUUCUGCAAUGUGUUCUUUGGUAACCUCUGAACAUUUUAGUGAUGUGAUAUUCACCAUGUGUGGAAGGUUUACGCUUUAAAACAUUUUUGAAUGCACUUUAUUUGAAGUUUUCUGUGAAUGUGUCCUAAUGCUCAUAUUAGAAGUCCAAGUUUGGCACAGUAAAAGCAAAACCACCAAAUGAACGUGGUCGUUAAGCAGUGCAGGGUGAUUAGCUCGAAAGGUUUAAGCUGUGUUUGAAGCUGUUUACAUUUGUGCACUUUCCAAGUAUUGUUCCGUUUCUAACCCUGCUGAUAUUGAAUAAAGCACAGUUAAACAUGUUAAA